UGGUCUCUCACUAUCGGCAUCAUCUCAAAGCUCAAAGUCGCUCAACGAGCUAUGGAAAGGGCUAUGCUCGGUGUUUCUCUACGUGAUCGAAUCCGAAACUAGGAGAUCCGUAGACGAACCAAAGUCACCGAUAUAGACCACAGGAUUAGCAAGUUGAAGUGGCAAUAGGCAGGCUAUAUUGCUCGCAGAGCAGAUGGCCGAUGGGGCCGAAAAGUGCUGGAGUGGAGACCACGGACUAGCAAGCGCAGCGUAGGACGUCCACCAACAAGGUGGACAGACGACCUUAUAAAGGUCGCCGGAAGACGCUGGAUGCAGGUCGCCUCCAACAAGUAUCUGUGGAGAUUUAAGGGGGAGGCCUAUGUUCAGCAGUGGACGUCCUAUGGCUGAGAUGAUGAUGAUAACAAAAACAUUUAUCCGAUCCGAUCGUUUCAGUUUGUGAAUUUGAAACAAUGAUCAUAAUCACCGGGUAAUAGUUGUUUAAAAUAAUUAUUAUACAGCACAGAAAUGAAGGUGGUCAGUAAAUAACUACUGACGUUCAAUCUGAGGGCUCUAGAUUAGCUGGAAGGCUUCAAUGCUGCGGAAUUCGUUGACAUAUACUUGACUGAAAUAUUAAUUUCAAGCUUUCUUACGGUCAAUAAAUGUCGAAUAAAACUUGGUCACAAUUUAUUUAUGGUACAAAGAGAAGCUUUAGGUACUAUGUGCACGUCCCUUAAGGUAGUCAACGAUAUUAUUAACGACGUCACGUACCUACGUUUGCCACUGAGAAUAGGUGUAAUUACUUCAUAUACGAUACAAAAGAAUUGGAUUAUAAGAAAGGCGUAAUAGGGGACAAAUACAUAAUGAUACGGCUCUGUGUACCUACCGUUGUAUAUUCUACAGAAAUUGAGGCUUGCAGCUUUAUAAAAAACCUGCUUAGAAACACAACACUUACUGACGUCGACAGCAUCAUGCCGUCGGAUCAAUCUAGAAUGUUUGAUCCACCGUUGACCGUUUUGAAAAUAUUCGGAGUAUGGGAAGGCAGAACGCCUUCGAAAUAUUACAAAACCUUUUCAUUUCUGUUCCUUUUUGUGUCAUGGUUUUUUUAUAACUUUCUUCUUACUUUAAGCUUGGUUUAUACUCCUCGAAGUGUGGAGCUUUUUCUACGAGAAUUGAUGUUUUAUUUUACUGAAAUAUCUAUUACAUCGAAAUUUUUAACAGUUCUCCUCUUGCGUAAUAAAAUACUUGAAGUAUUUAGUGUAAUUGAUAGCGAUGAGUUUGUCGGUGAUUAUGAAAACAAAGACGGUAUUCUAUACAGAACUAAUAAGGGUUACAGUUUAUGUUGGAAAGUAUACAACGUUUUGGCGAACAUAGAUUAUACCUGUGUUAUAAUAAUGCCAGUAGUUAUUGAUCUUAUUCAAGGAACCAAAUCUGUACUGCCCAUAUGCAACUAUUACUUUUUGAGCGAAGAUUUCCGAGAUUCUCAUUUUGUUAUUUUGUACCUCUAUCAAUCUAUUGGAAUGUAUGGACACAUGAUGUAUAACUUAAACAUGGAUUCUUUGGCAUGGGGAUUACUAGCUGUAGGUAUAGCCCAGAUUAAAGUACUAAAUAAAAAUUUUACGGAUUUAAAAUUAUCAGCCGAAGAAAGCAAGCUGCCGUUAGAAAUUCAAGACAACAUUCAAAAAACGAGGCUCUUUAAAUUGUUACGACACUACGAAGCAAUUUUGAACUAUUGCGAUGCGAUUCAAAAUUUGUUAUCAGUAACUUUCUUUUUUCAAUUCAGCUUCGGAGCGUUGACAACUUGUGUUAUUAUGUGUAGUUUAUUGAUGCCAGGAACAAUGGUGUACAGAAUAUUUCUGGUGAUCUAUUUUUUUGCUAUGGCUGGUCAGAUUGCUGUGCCAGGAUUUUUUGGUACUCUACUAACUCAUGAAAGUCAAGAAUUAGUAACAGCGGCAUAUAACUGCGAGUGGAUAGAGAGAUCACAGUCAUUCAAAAGAACUUUGAUCCUAUUUAGAGAACGGGCAGGGACUCCGAUCAUAAUUUCGGGCAUGAAAAUGUUUUCUCUGUCUCUCGUCACUUUUGUUGCAAUCAUGAAAACUACGUACUCCUUCUUCACGCUUAUAAGAAAUGCUCAAGAAACAUAAACUCAUCGCUAUUUAAGGUUACAGAGCCUUUCUUUAUUCACCUAUAUUUGAUUUUGUUAAUUAAUUUAUGCAUUAUUUUAAGGUAGUGACUGUCAAAAAUAAAUCAUACAAUACGAAAAUACAAGACUUUAUUUUUGAAUACCACGCAAAUAAUACGACUCAAGGAGAAGCAAGUUGUGCAAGCAACCAGUGACGCUGGAUGACAACGUUAAAUCGUGCACUCUCAAUUAUCUGUCGAACACUUCUUUGCCAAAUUGUACUUCGUUUUCCUUCCGUCCAGCUACCGAGGGGGAUAUAAAGCGUUCCAUUUUAUCCAUUUCCUCAAAGGCAGUAGGAGAUGAUGGACUUCAUCUUCAAAUGCUUCUUCCUAUCCUUGAUGUACUAAUUCCUGUAAUUUUACAUCUUGUUAACUACUCCUUAUUGACCAGUUCCUUUCCCUCAGCAUGGAAAAGAGCCCAUGUAUUGCCUUUGCCCAAGACAUCCAAUCCCUCCACAGUUUCCCAGUUCCGUCCAAUAUCCAUUCUUCCAAUCCUCUCUAAAGUCCUUGAGAGUGUUGUCAAUAAUCAACUGUCUCACUUUCUUUCCUCUAAUAGCCUGCUGAGUCCGUACCAAUCUGGUUUCCGUCCUGGCCAUAGCACGGUAUCUGCAUUGGUGAAAAUCACAGAUGAUAUCCGGCUGGCUAUAGAGAACAGGCACUUAACAGUUUUGGUAUUACUAGAUUUCAGUAGUGCUUUUAACUCAGUUGAUUUUGACAUCCUCCUAGGUAUCCUCUCCUCUCUUAAUAUAUCUUCGUCUGUAACUGCGUGGUUUAGCUCGUAUCUUCGAGGUCGCUCGCAGUCGGUUCGCUCUGACGAGGGUUCUUCUG